AUGACGAAAUCAAGUAACGAUACAGUCAUCUCGUUCGAUUCCCUCCCACUAGACCCAACAGGCCCACGAGGAAAUGCCUGGGGUCGAUUUGGAAAAGAUGACCAACUUGGGACAUUGAACCUGCUCACCCCCGAGCGGGUUGUCGCAGCCGCAAAGGAAAUCCAAACUGGUGUGCGAAUCUCACUUGACUGGGCAUUGAGCAUGCCUUCGCAUCCUAGCUUCAAUCGGGAUCCAUUUAAGCAGGAGCUUGUUCUGCGGAAUCCGAAUUGUAUUUAUGACGAUAUCCUGACAUUCAAUAGCCAAGGGUCUACCCAAUGGGAUGGGUUUAGACACUACGGUCGUGGUGUUCUUCUCGACUACGCAGAAUGGGCCACCACAAAUUCAAUCUCCAUCUCCGCCCUCGCAUCAGAGGCCAUCACCCUCGAAAACCUGAAGCGAGUAGUCAAAGAUCACAACCUCGAUUUCCAAAAGGGUGAUAUUCUAUUCAUCCGCAGCGGCUUCACGGCCGCAUACAACAAGCUGGACAACCAACAGCGAAAGGAGCUGGCACUCCGAUCAUCGCCGGAUUUUAGCGGUGUUGAAGCGACAGAAGAUAUGGUGCGAUGGUUAUGGGAACAUCAGUUUUCUGCUGUCGCUGGUGAUGCACCGAGCUUUGAGCGUGCGCCUAUUAGAGGUGCCCAUGCGGAUCCGAAUUUCAAUUUGCAUGAGUGGGUGCUGGCAGGUUGGGGUACUCCUAUUGGGGAGAUGUUUGAUUUGGAGAAGUUAUCGGAGCACUGCAAGACUAUUGGACGUUAUAGCUUUUUCUUGUCCAGUAUGCCUUUGAAGGUUAUCGGCGGUGUGGCUAGCCCGCCUAAUGCGUUUGCUAUUUUCUAA